AUGAGUGAUCUUAGUCCCAAGGUCAUCCGUAUCCGCUCAACUCCUAAAACCAUUCAGCUCGUACCAUACUGGCCAGAUAAUGCUGAAACGUGGUUUCUGCUAGCUGAAGCAGAUUUUUGUGAGCAUGGGAUAACUGAUCAACGUUCACAGUUACUUGCAGUUAUUCACGCCCUACCGCGGGAAUUCAGCAAGUACGUAACAUCACAGAUGUUGAGUCCCGAG